AUGUCGAUGUUCAGUAACAGUAGCAGACGUAUCAUACAAAGAGGUUGUGCGAAUGCCAUCCAACAAUCAAAGAUGAUGGCUAGGAUGCCACGUCCUUCAUUCAUUGGCUCUUCCAACAACAAUAAUAACAACACAUACAACAAUGCUAGACAUUAUUCUUCAGGAGUAGAUGAGUUGAUUAAACAAUUAAAGACAGAGAGAGAGGCUAUAGUUGCAAGAGAGGCAGAGAAACAGGGAAAGAAUGACCCCGAGGAGCUGGUGCCAUUCAACCCUUCGCACUUUAUCACUUAUGAAGACAUUGGUGUCAAUCUCACUAUUGGUGAGCCAAAGCCAUUGGAGCGAAUCAGUGAGCAGGUGCAACUGGCCCUACAGAACAAGGACUAUCGCUACCUCAACCCAUACACCUACCUCUUCCCACAACGUACCUUUGCCAUGGACCUUGCCUACACGCCACUCAAAUUGCGAAGCAUGUGGAAGUCCAUGAUCCCAUUCAAGAGAGACAAGUUAGAGAAGAGAUUGCUUGCCAACUUCCAUCGCUUGAUAUCAUCAAUUGAGAACAAUGACAUUGAAGCACUGAAUGAUAUGAGACUGGACGGCACACAAAUGGCAAUCGAGUCAUUCCGCGACGUCUUCCACACGCUCCGUGCAGAGAAGAUCAACUACACAUUCACAAUGCGCGAUGUGCGUGUUGUGAUCGAUCACGUGGAGCCAUCGCUUCCAUUCUUCCUGGCCAAUGCGCUGUACUUUAUCGAUGGUGAGUUCCGUCUGCCGGACCUCGACGACAAGCCCGUGCAAGUCAGCUUCUUCACGCCCAUCGUCUGGCUGUCCAAGUUCCCCGAGCUGGCCGAAGACGACCUCCGACCACUGGAGCAGAUCAACUUUGACACAGAGGUCGAGUGGAAGCCAUCCAGAAUCGACAUGAUCGGUGUGGUCAGGGAGAUUGCCGAUGCCAGAGUGGCUGUCAUCAUGCAGAAGCUCAAGGAAGUACAGAAGCGUGUCACUGAAGAGGCUCAAGAGCGCAAUGAGCAAAGAUUGGCACAAGAGAAGCUUGAGCAAGAGGAGAAGGUUUCUGCUCAGAAGCAAUAA